CGCCGCCGCCCGCCUCCUGCCGAGCAGACCCGAAGCUGCUCCAGCGCCAUGCGUCCGUCCGACCUGAGAGAGUCGCAGCGUGUGAUCUUCACCGGACUCGUUGCUCGCCCAGACCUCAACGGACUGGAGGGCAUCGUGCUGUUCGCUGUCAAGGAGCGUCACGCGGUGCGUUGCACCACCACUGGCGAGGAGGUCAAGGUUCGGGCGAGCAACCUUCUGGCCGGUGUACAGCUGAACGAGCACCUUGGGCAGGAUGGGCUCGAGUGCUGCCUCCGGUGUGUGCGGCCGUGCGACAUGCUCGGCGCCCGGCUCGUUUGCGAGCAGUGGCGCUCGCUGCUGACGCAGACCUUCACGAACACCGAAUGGCAAGCUGAGCAUCUACCAGUGGCAGUGCUCUGCCGCGCCGCGUCGUGGGAGGCUACGCUGCUGCGCAUCGAGCGCGUGCCGGAGGAGGCGGGCCUGAGCAUGCACGACUUCACCAAAUUGGGCAGCAAGACGCCCUACCUCCGUCUGCUCUGCUGCGAAGCCGAUGAUGAAGAGUUCGAUUACUUCUUCGAGGGUGAGAACCGAGAGGACAAGAUGCAUCCGCUCUUUCUGGCGUUGGCACACGGCGCGCCCGACGACGUCGUGCGGGCCAUCAUCCAGCCGUGCCAGCCAAGCUUGUUCCAGGAAGGCACGGCGCUGGUGGAUGCGGACGAGAACGCACCGCUCGCGUUUGCCGUCAUCCACGGCCGCCCUCCCUCGACGCUCUCGCUGCUGCUAAGCUGCCAACCCACAGCCGUCGCGGCGACCGAUCGGAUGGGGUACGCGCCGCUGCACCACGCGGCGCUCGCGCGCGACCCCGACGCCAUCCGCCUUCUGCUCGCCGCCUCUACCGCCGAGGCGCGCGAGGCCACCGAGGACGGCGCGCUCCCUUUGCAUCUGCUCGCGCGCGGCCCGGCAGGCGAGAGCCAGCGCCUCACACCGCCAGUGGACGAGUCGCGCGCGUUAGCCGCGUGCGAGCUGCUCCUCGACGCGUACCCGGCGGCCCUCGACGAGGAGCGUGACAUCUCGAUCGGUGUCACUCGCGGCGAGCGUAAAAUGGCGCCGCUCCAUCUCGCCGCCAAGUUUGACGCGCCCACGCCGCUGCUGUUGCGGCUGCUCGAGGCGGCGCCGCACAUGGCCGCUCGCAAGGACGGCGCCGGCCGCUUCCCCGCGCACUAUCUAGCAGGGAGCUACGCAACGGACCACACCGCGCCCGCGCUCGCGGCUCUCCUCGAACAUCACCCGCCAAAUGAGGAGUGGCCGCUGAGGGACUUGCUGCGGCUGGGGGCGUGCGCGGAGAUCUACACGUUGGCGCGGCUGCAGGCGCACCCGCAGGAAGCGAGUGAGCCCGACCCGCCGCCGACCAACACUCUGCCCAACCGGCCUUCGGGCCGCGCGUACCCUCUGCACUACGCGGCCAACCGCGCGGCGCCGGCGCGCGUCGUCGCGCGGCUGCUGGAGCUCUGCCCGCAGGCCGCGCGCGCCUUCGACUCGCACGGCAACUUCCCCAUCCAUUUGGCCGCGUGCGCCGCCGGCCAGCUCUCCCGCAGCGUGUGGGGCGCGAUGGUGCGGCGGCGCCCGCCCGCGCAAAGCGUGCGUGACGCGGCUGCGGCGGGCUGCCGGCUGCUGCUGGAGGCGUGGCCGGAGAGCGGCGAAGCAUGCGACCGCUUUGUGGGUGUGGGCGCGCCAAGGGACGAGCAGAACGAUCGGCUGGGCCGCUGGCCGCUGCACUUGGCGCUGAACUGCCAUGCGCCCGAUUCGGUGCUGGACGUGCUGCGGACGCGCACGCCGUGCGACGCGUUUGGCAACCCGACGCGCCGCUGGCCGCGCCGCAAGGGCAUGAUGACCAAGGUGAACGCCGCCGACGUGCGCAAGCUGACGCGUGCGGGCCCGCUCUCGCUCCGCCUCCGCUACCUGUGUUCCGGCGCGCGCGGCGAUCCGGAAGACCUCUGCCUGGGGGGCGACAAAUUUGGCACGAUCAUUUAUCCCUCGCGCGAUGGCGGGGACGACGACCCCAGCCUGCACGAGACGAUGAGCCUGGAGACGGUGGUCGAGAGGCGGGUGCGGCAGCAGUUGGCCGCCGCCUCGAUCAGCUGA